GUCCAGAAGAGUUAGAAAGCCCGUAUUUCAAAAUUCAAAGCACCCUCGAACCACAUAAUCUCGUUGAGACGUCCAAAAUAAUUUUACAGGCAACGUCAUCUGUAAAGGCACUUCAAAAACUCGAUAUUAAUUGCAACUUCUGCGCUCUUAACGAUCUUGUGGUAUGGGAACGAGAAAAAUAUUACAUAAUGUACCGACGUGAACCUAUUCGUGGCUUACUAUUUGUUCCACGACCUAGUAAUGACGAGAAAAACAAUUUCAACCACUUUGACAACACGUCAUUAAUCAAAAAUCAAUUAUUCUGGCAGGAUUUGAUUUCCGUUCAAUUAUGGCAGCAAGCGAGAUCAGAUGAUAAAUAUAUGCAAAGCUGCCAUGCAAAACAAUCUCUUAACAACUGUCUUGAACUAGAACGUUUUCGGUUGCAAAUAGUUGAAUCACAGAAAGUUCAACCAAACUUGCAGGAAUGGUGGAUGGCUCUUUCCGUAACCAAUGCAAAACUAUCUCAUCUUGACGGGAACCAAUGCAAACAAUCUCAGCUUGUUGAUUUGUUGACGCUAAAAGAACAACUUAGUAAUGCAAAAAAAGACUAG